UUCGCAUUUGUCCGACGUUGUCUGGCCACACCGUUAGGUCCACGUAGAAAACAAACGGACGACGUUGUCGACGUGCAUAUAUUUAUUUAAGAUUUAAACAUACAGCGAGAUGCAAUAAACAAAGAUCAAUAGAGAGGACCACCGGACUGGCAGGCGCAGAGGAAGUGACUCCGUGGCGCUGACACUGACAACGGCUUCUUAAUCGAGCAACUACAAUAUAUACACAUAUAUUUAAAUAUGUUGGGUGGUAAACGCACAAGUUCCCGUCAUGUUGCCGUCGUGUUACUGAUGUGCCUCUUCUGGUACGUGAUCUCGUCUAGCAACAAUGUCAUUGGCAAAAUGGUGCUCAACGAGUUCCCGUUCCCAAUGACCGUCACCCUCAUACAGCUAUGCAGCAUCACCCUAUACAGUGGACCAUUCUUUAAUUUAUGGCGAAUACGCAAAUACCAGGAUAUACCGCGCGCCUACUACAUGCGACUAAUUGUGCCACUGGCCAUUGGCAAGCUACUUGCCUCGGUCACAUCGCACAUAUCGCUGUGGAAGGUGCCCGUCUCCUACGCGCACACAGUUAAAGCGACAAUGCCGCUGUUUACCGUUGUUCUAACACGCGUCUUCUUUGGCGAGAAGCAACCCACACUAGUGUACCUGAGCCUGUUGCCCAUCAUAACUGGCGUGGCAGUUGCGACCGUAACGGAAAUCUCAUUUGAUAUGGUUGGUCUAAUAAGUGCACUCAUCUCAACAAUGGGGUUUUCCCUCCAAAAUAUUUUCUCCAAAAAGGUGCUCAAGGAUACAGGCAUACAUCACCUCCGGCUGCUACAUCUACUGGGCAAGCUAUCCCUAUUCAUUUUCCUGCCAUUCUGGCUCUACAUGGACAGUUUAGCCGUUUUCCGGCAUUCGGUCAUUAAAAAUCUGGACUAUAGAUUGAUUGCGCUGCUCUUCACCGACGGCGUGCUCAAUUGGAUGCAAAACAUAAUUGCCUUCAGCGUGCUGUCGCUCGUUACGCCGCUCACAUAUGCCGUCGCCAGCGCGUCAAAGCGCAUAUUCGUGAUUGCCGUCUCGCUGUUGAUAUUGGGCAAUCCGGUUACGUGGGUUAAUUGUCUCGGCAUGACGCUGGCUAUCAUCGGUGUGCUGUGCUAUAAUCGUGCCAAACAAAUCUCAAAAGCCCGAGAGUUGCCGAUGCAAACGCCCAACAGUCAUGUAAAGUAUACGCCGCUAAAUGACAACUACUAUCGCAGCUCCUUUAAUGGCAACAUAGGAAAUGGUCUACACAAGAUGCAGACAACGGGCUCGGCGAACGUACAAAUGCCAAUGACAAUGCCGGUGAGCAGCAACAGCAACAGCUUGCUGGUAAACGGAAGUGGGAUGCCAAGCGGGAGCACUACGCGCCUGUUAUUCGUUUAGUUUUAUAAGUAGUGAAAUUGUAUUGGAACCACCAGCUACAACAUUCGCUUCAACCCGUCUCCACACGCCUCGUCUCGAUCCGAUCUGUAGUGCGUAGACGCACAUUUUCAGGUGAUAACAUCUCUUAUCAGACGGAGUUCGCUAUCUACGGGCAAUCCAACUAAUUGAAUAGUAUUCCCGCAUUCAAGAUCACACAAUCAAACAAUAUCUAUGUGCUCUCUGCUCGUAUGUCACAUUUUGUUUGUAGUUUCCCUCCUGUUUCACUUUCUUCCCCCUUUUUUUUGAGACUGCUCCCAUCCGGAGCCGUUUCAUUUCUUAGUAUAUAUUGUAAAAAAAUUGUAUGUAUGAUAAAAGUUAGUAUGUGAGGCGGUGUGUA